CUCUCUCUUGUGCUGUCGUUUGUCAUCAUUUUCCGUCCUUUUUCCAAGCGCAAAGAAGGCAAUACAGCGUGUGCACGAUGGCCACGAGAUUGGGUGUGCGAGGCGGGUUGCUGCGAGUGUGCGCUGCUGCACUGCAAGGUGGCAGAAGCAAUGCAAAGCACGUGACGAGGACAACAAACAGGGCGGGGAUGGUGAUGACGAUGAACAGUGGAAGGCACGUGCGAUCACUUGCAACCGGUGGUGGUGGGCCAGCGACGAAGCCUGCCGUGAAGGUUGGCGUGAUCCUGGAGCGCUACCCUCUCUCGGAGCCGGCACUGACCCCGUUUGAGAAGAAGUUCCAGGAGUUUUCCCGGCAGAUGGAUGAGGAGAAGUCCGCUGUGUCCUUUGAGGAGUACCUGCAGAUGUUGGUGGAGCAAGAGGGCGGAAGCAAGAAGAAGAAAAAGAGCAAGAAGUCAAACCAGAAACAGGAACAGGGCGAAGAGCAAGACUCCUCCGCCGCAACAGCCACCGAGCAAGCCGCUGUCGAUGCAAGUGACACUGCACCUGUGGAGUUUGAGCCUGCGCCUCUGGAGACUGAGGAUGACCGCGCGCACAACACAAAGUCCCUCAACAGGUGUCUGUCAUCGAAGCUCUACCUCCUCAUCAAGACGAAGCAGAGCGAUGUCUGGCACUUUCCACAACUGCCGCUGACCAACGAGGAAUCCAUUCGUGCGUGCGCGGAGAAUGCCAUGGCCACAGUUAACGGCGAUACCACGGGCGACUUUGAGACGUACUUCAUUGGCAACGCGCCAUGCUACCACACCGUGAACAAGUCUUCAAACGACGCGCCAGACGAAUACACGUUCUACUUGCGGUGCAUGCUGGUGCAAGGGGCGUACGCGCCAACGGCAGACGUCACCGACUACGCGUGGGUGCCGGAGACAGAGUUGCAAGACUACAUUGAUAACGCAGACAAGUUCAAGCACUGCCUCUUUGGUUGACCUCGUUUCGCUGACCCACGCGCGCACGCAUAUAUGCGUGCGCGUGUGCGUGCCCGUGUGUGUGCACAUACGUCUGUGAGUGUGUGCCUUGUGCGUAUCUCUGUGCAGUGUGCAUGUGGUGCAGUCAUCACCUGUUUAAAACCUCUUUCUUGGUCCGCGCUUCAAAGCAGUGCACCAACCAAAC